CAGCCCUCACGCCUUCGGCUGUUCCUGCGCGCCGGAGCCGGUGCGGGGGCUUCUCCCCCCGCCUGCCGCUGGCAGCGGGAAGUGCUGUGCCGACAGGGCAGCGGUGGAGCCGGCCCGGCAGCCGGCUUGGUAAAGGUGUGGGUGUCUGAGGAAAAAAAUAACUUUCACGCUAUCAAAAGAAUAAAUCCCGAACUCCUAACGCACUGGAUGGUAAAUGCCGAGAAGUACGGACAGCGACUGUGUCUUUUACUCGGCGCUGUGUCCGAUACGCUCACAGAGGUGCCUAUCAGACAGCCCUCCAGUGACAGCUGAACACCCCUGGGAUACAGUGAUCAAAGCUGCUAUGAGGAAGUACCCCAACCCAAUGAAUCCGUGUGUGGUAGGGGUAGAUGUCCUGGACAGAAGCCUUGAUAACCAGGGGAGGUUGCACAGUCACCGUCUUCUCAGCACAGAGUGGGGAUUGCCAAGUAUUGUAAAAGCGAUUUUAGGAACAAGCAGAACUUUGACUUACAUUGAGGAACAUUCUGUGGUAGAUCCAGUGGAAAAAAAGAUGGAGCUUUGCUCAACUAAUAUUACUCUCACAAACUUGGUGUCUGUUGAUGAGAGACUGGUUUACACACCUCAUCCAGAAAACCCUGAUAAAACUGUCCUAACUCAAGAAGCAAUUAUUACUGUUAAAGGCAUUAGCUUGAGCAGUUAUCUGGAAAGCUUAAUGGCAAACACAAUAUCUUCUAAUGCCAGAAAGGGUCGGGAUGCCCUGGAAUGGGUGAUCAGCAAACUAAACACAGAAUUGGAGGAGCUGAAGUCAACACGUGAGGGCAUGAAACCAGCCAUGGCAGCAGCAUCGACAGAAAAAUAAAACCAAAAGUACCACGUAACUGACAGAAAAGGUUUAUUCUGCAGACUGCUUUGUAGAUCUCCCUUCCAGAGCUGAUCUACAUAUGUUUUAUAUAAGAACAUUGAAUCAGUGGAAAAUAACUUAAUCUCUCAUCUCCACAGCAGCUUCUCUUGCCUACUGAAGAUGGAAAUUGACCUCCUGCAGAUGCUCUUUUCAUUUAAACAAUUUAUUUUUAACACUGGAAACAAAACAGCACAUUUCAAACUGCCUAAAUGUGCCUUGUAUAACCAAGAUAGAGAGUAUGUUAUAUUUACACCAUCUCAGUUUUUCAUACUCAAACUUGAAAAGAAGGCAUGUGUGGUAUUAAUGGUUUUCUGUGUGAAUAUUUGUUCUGUGAAAGGCUGGUAGGUACUAAAGCACUGAAUUUUGUCUGUUUUGUAAUAUGAUAGUGUUUUGUAACCAUUUAAAGGGAACUACAUGAGUCAGAACUGGAGAAUCAGAAAUCUUAUCUAGAGAUCAUCCCAGAAAGCUAAGACUUGUGCUGUACUAACUUUUCCUAUGUUGUUUAAAUGUACUGCCUGAACAAGACACACAGAUACUUUACCUCUUAGAUGUUUGUAUCCAAACAAAGAUAAAUUUUCUAUUGAUGUUAAUAGAUUGAAUCACUUUUUGAUGGGGAAGAGGGUAUAAUUUAUUUUCAUAUUUAUUAACUUGCCCUAGUUCCUCCCCUCCCUGUGAGGAGAGGAGUAGUAAUUCCUGGAAGGUGCUGGAAAAUACUUCUCUUAUUUAUCUCUAAGAAGAGUACUUGUAAACUGCUUGAAUGAAGACGCUGUACUGUUCUGGUAGUCCUUGCUCUUCACAUCUUAACUGAGGGAGAGACUGAGGCAAUAAACAGAAGAGCUGAAAUCAGAAAUAAGUGGGAAAUUUGAAACCCAAAGGGUAAGAUUUUUCUGAACAUGUACUUUUCAUGCCUUGCAUGGAGAAAACAAGAGUACAAUACAUACAAAUGGACUCUCCUGUUUAGUGUGUCCUACUAACUACUGACUACCAGCAUAACUUAAUUUUUUCAACACUUUUCCACAUUAGUACAAAAUGGCUUUAGGAUCAUUUUAAAUGCUUCUCUUUAUCUAGAAAAAUACUGCAGUAGCUGCAGAAAUGGCUUUCUAUAGAACAUGCAUAAAUAUAUAUAUAUUGAUAACAGUUCUAGCCUUGUUAGAUGUUCCCAACAUUUUCAUAUGUGGUCCAGGUAUAGUGUAUUUUGCUUAGACAGCCUUCUGUUAGGGCAUUUUAACUUAUUUUUUGAUGUGCACAGAAAGUGGAAUCAAUGUUGCAAGAACGUUUACUUGUUCAAAUGGCAAACUUGUGUUUCAGAUGCUGUUAAAGUGCAUGAGCAACUUCCAAAAAGCUAGAAGGGUAAAAUGUUGGUCGCUGUUUUGAUCUGCUAAUUUUAAAGUGUCUGUAGCUUAAGGGACAUUUCAGCAUUCUUAUUCUGUUUAGUUUUGAAAAUAAACAUUAAUUUGGGUGUAAUGAUAGUCUAGCAAAAUUACCUGAUCCUAAUGAAUAAACUUAAUUUAAAAAUACA